AUGGCAUGCCAGGCAUUUGGUGCUGACUCUUUCACCUCCCUGGCAGCAGAUUCACCUCUGCCGAUCCUCAUGCACCACGGCUCGACCGGUGACUGCCUGCCAACCUCCUCCCAUGCUCACAGCAUGGUCUCUGCAGUAUCAUCAGGACUGUCUUUGGGUCAGACCUCAAAGCGCGCACACAUGCACCUGUCCACGUCGUCCCUUGGAAACGGUCUUGGUAAUGGCCCCCCAAGUUUGCAUUACCCAGUCGCCCCAUGUCAUUACAGCAACCAGCAGACCACCUACGGCAUGAUGACAGCACAGGAGAUGCUUUCUGCCAGUAUUUCUCAGACUCGUAUCCUGCAGACCUGUGGCGUCCCUCACCCGAACAUGGUGAGUGGUGCAAACCCAUUACAAGGGUCUCUGACUCCUUGCAUAUACAAGUUUCCGGAUCACGGGCUGAGCAGCAGUUCUUGUGCGUUAGGCCACGGUUUUACGUCGCUGCCCUCUGCCCUGCUCUCACCUGAUGAGGCCUCUGGGGGCCCCAGUGGAGAGCUGAAAACCGAUGCCCACAGGAAGAGUAUGCGGGAAGCGGAGGAUGUCCCCAUCAUGGAUUCUCCACAGAUACGAGAACUGGAAAUGUUUGCAAAUGACUUCAAAAUCCGCAGGAUCAAACUUGGCUACACUCAGACUAAUGUAGGCGAGGCUCUUGCUGCAGUGCACGGCUCGGAGUUCAGCCAGACCACGAUUUGCCGCUUUGAAAAUUUGCAGCUGAGCUUCAAGAACGCCUGCAAACUCAAGGCUAUUCUGGCUAAAUGGCUUGACGAAGCAGAGCUGGCUGGUGCUUUGUACAAUGAUAAAGCAGGAAUGAAUGAGAGGAAGAGGAAAAGAAGAACAACUAUCAGCCUUGGAGCCAAGGAGGCGCUGGAGAGAAGCUUUGUUGAGAAAAGUAAGCCGUCCUCUCAGGAAAUAGCCCGAAUAGCUAAAGGCCUCCAUCUGGAGAAGGAGGUGGUCAGAGUCUGGUUCUGCAACAGACGCCAGCGGGAGAAACGGGUCAAAACGAGCCUCAACCUGAGUUCCUGUUUGACCAAAAUCAGCCCAAACUGCCUCACGCAGAUGAGUAAAGCGCAAAGACCACUGACAUAA